AUACGAGUGUCCCUGAACGCCUCACUGACAGUCCGGAGCCACAUGAGGAUGUCGUCUGCUCUGUCACCGGCGGGUCUGUGACCGUUUUUUGUUGUCAGAAGGUCCAGGUAUGACUUCUACUACUUUAUUUUAGUCAUUUAUCUUUUGUUUAUCUCUGUAAGACAAAUCCACAGUGUUUAAAAUCAUUCGGUAAAGCAGUAAGUUUCUUUUCGGAUGACUGAGGAAGCUAGCAGCUAGGUAGCUAACGUUAGCUAACCUCAAGGUUGGUUAGUUAACAGUUGAGUAAGGAAGGAGAGACUGAUUUCAUUCAUUUUAUAUAGAUUUAUUCUCAAAUUUGGUAACAUAUUGUGAACUUACGCGUGGUAUUUAAAAAGCUAUGACCUCCUAAACAUCACUGAGUUUACUAUUUGAUAUAUUUCAGACUGGGAUGAGGAGGUCAUGGCUCUGAAGCUGAUCCAAAGAUUUCCGGUGCCCGGGCAGUUCGGGAUCCAGCGUUACCCUGCUCUUGGACUCCGUCCCACCAGGCUCCUGUGCCCAAGCAGGUUAGAUCAGCCAGUGUGUGUAGCCUGCUUAUGUACCACAGCUGGCGGCUGCAUCAGGACACAGGGCUGCAGGAAGCUCCAGCAGGAGUUAGGGAAGAGGACCCUGACCACUACCAUCAUCAGGGAGCCGACCUUUGUGGCUUCCAGCUCUGUUAAACUCCAUAGAGACUCAGGGCCUCGGUUCCGCCUGACCCAGCUGCACAGACCCACAGAUGAAGAGGAGAAGUCUUUCCAGAAGCGAGUAGACGCCUGCUCCUCAUCCCGUCAGGUGUUCUCUCUGCUGCGCUCCGUGGCGAUCAUGUCUGACACCAUGGCUGCAUCUGCGCUGCACCGCGUCGCAGACCUGGAGCAGGCGGAAAACUCUCUGAAGGAUCCAUCUGUGCUGGAGAAUGACACCAUCAGAGCUCUGUGCCUCCAGCUGGAGGAGGACUCACGGCGGUUGACAGAUGCAGGGGUGGUGUCUUCUCUCUUGGCUUGCACACGCCUCUUCUUGGAUCCAUGGAGCACGCUGAUGGUACGGCUGGUGUCAGAGAGCCAGGAGAGGUUAGACCGAAGGGAAAUGAGUGUGGGUCUGCUGUGUACCCUGGGUCAGGCUAUGCUGGCUAUAGAGGGUCCCGGCUGUGUGAUGCUGGGACAGGUGAUGAAGCAAAUCCAGAAGAAGAAACCAUCCAAAUGGAGCUUAGCAGAGCUUGUUGCUGUUUAUAGAUUUCUGCAGGGUGGUGUAGUAAUAGAUGGAAAAUGCAGAAACCUGUUAAACGCCAUGCACACACAUGCUGCGACUGUCAUCGCCAGUAUGGGUCCAAGUGCUGUCAGCCAGAUCCUCAACGCUCUUGUGGUCCUGAAUCAAACGCAAGCCAUGCCUCUUGUGAUCAGUCUGUGCAAGCAGGCUGUUCGGCACGUGCCUCACUUCACUGACGAGGAGCUCACUGCUGUUCUCGGCGCCCUCAUGCACUUCGGUCACAGCGAUCACUUCUUUGUGGAAGCGAUGGAGAGGUAUGUACCCACGAUGGUCUUCACCUCCCACCCAGAGACGGUAACCAAGGUGAGCCAGUUCUUCAGCCGGAGGAACAUCCUCUCCCCCACUGUGUUGGACCCCAUAGCAGAGAGUUUCAUUUACCGCGCCGACGACUACAGCACCAGCCAAGUGGCGAGGCAGAUUAUGGCUUUUGGAAAGCUUGGAUACGUACCUCCUAAUGCAGACAACCUGUUUAGGAAAGUGGAGAACAUCCUGCACUCCCGCUUUUCACACUUCCAGCCUCGAACGCUGCUCAAUUUACUGCACUCCUGCACCUUGGUGGAGAGGUUCCCUGUGAACUAUAUGGACAAAGUUUUCAGCAACUUUUUCCUCCAGCAACUGCAAGGUAAAACUUCCUACACUACAUUUCCAAAGUCCUCACAAGAAAAACCUUAAGAGUAUAGAGUCAUUUCUUGUCUUCAUUGACAGAUCAGGGCACAGGAAUGGAUCACUACAUCCUGGCACAGCUGACCCAGAUGUACAUGACAAUUAAGCUGGAGUGCCCUUUCUAUAAGGUAAAAUAUCCCCUGAUGUAUGAGGUCAGGACAACACAAAAAACCAAGGCAUUUUAUGAAGACUGUGGCACAAGAGAGUACACCUUCUCUCACCUGAAGAGGAAGGUUUCUCCUGGUUGUGUUAGCCAUACCUUUUGGUGGUACUUUUUCUAAGAAGAGAUGGUGAAUAAUAGUGUUAGCUGGAAUCAAGGUUAUAAUUCAUCAUCUUCUCAUACAAGGCUCGACAGUGCGUCUGUUUUACUCGCAUUUGCGGCUGGAAAUAGAUGUCUGCGAAUUGUAAAAUAUAUUUAGGGGCACAUGUGCGCAUAUAAAAAAAAACAGUUUUUCAUGUAAAUACCGCAGCAAAGUUAGUUUUAGGUUGGAUAUUUGACAGACAUUCACUGUGGAUCUACCAGUGUCUUCUCACUCUCCAUAACCAGGAAUAGCAACAGCAGUGUGGUUGAAUCUACUCGGCACCCUCGCUGUCAACGUUGGGUGUUGAAUAAGGGACCGUCAAUUAAUUACCGGUGUGGCGAUUAAAGAAAGUUGAACUUGAACUUGAACUUGAACUUACCGGUUGAUGUUUUUAAAAAAAAAGAAGAAAAAAAAGGCUGUUUUCCUUCAGUAGCUUACAUGUCAUAUGACCAAUUGACCUAAAAUUGAUUUCAAAUAAUAGUACUUAUGUCGACCAAUAAGAAAUACCUCUAUAUUUCCCUAAUUUGUCCUCUUCCUUUUUUUUGGGUUAAAUUUAACGGUAAAUUUUGAACAUUUUCUUCAAUAGCUUCCAUGUCAUGUCCAUGACCAAUUGACCUAAAAAUGAUUUCAAAUAAUAGAACUUAUAUAAAGGUCCUUCACACCGGGACCGUUUUUGUCGUGCGAUUAUUUCGGACGUCAGUAUAUUUUUUCGAACCCAUAUCCUGUCAAAAAAAUCGCAUCGGGCUUGAUGUGUAUAGUCAGGUGCGUCAAAAUUCGCCUCUGAAUAUUUCGUAAUUUGCGUUCUAUAUUUUCGUCAGCCCCGGUGUGUAAGUGCCUUUAGACACACAUUAUUUGAUCAAUUUUCAUUGUGCCCCUAAAGUUAUUCAUGUGUUCUGACUUCUUCAGCUUAGGAGAACAAAGUUAGUGUCAAGCCCUGUCAUACCACAUCAACAAAAACAAACCAGAGUUGUUGAUGUCAUUUCCACAUCUUUAACAGAUGAAAUGUGUUUGCCCUCUCCUCAGGGUCCCAAACUACACCCAAAACACCGCAUCAAGUCUUUCCUCCUGAUGGGACGCUCUAUUGAGUCACCACUGGAUAUGCUGCUGUACAACGUCGUCAAAGUUGGACUGGUGGAUUUGCUUGGGUCACGCUCUUACUUUGCGUCUAGAGUGCUGACGCCGUAUUGCUACACAAUCGGUAAUUUGAACAAAGCAGCGUUACAUCUCCACAAACACGCCGUCCUCAGCUGUGUUUUCUAAAGGCUGCCCAUAAAGGGUUUAAUCUUUACUUUCUCAUGCAGAUGUGGAGAUGAAACUUGAUGAAAAGGGAUAUGUGCUGCCUGCCAGUCGGCAUGCCGAUGUUCACAAAAGGUAAACAGGUUCAUGUUUGGCACAGCGUCAUCAUUUAUGUUCCUUAAAAAUAGAUGAGGUUUAAACUCACUGUGCUGCGCUGUGCGUUACAGGAUAGCUCUUUGUAUUGACGGAGAAAAGAGGUUCACGACAAACCAGAGGCAGCUGCUCGGAAAGGAGGCCAUCAAGCAGCGACACCUGAGGUGUCUGGGAUAUGAAGUUGUUCAGGUACGACCUCACCUUCAGUUUUAGCUCUUCAGAAUCAGCUCUUGAUAAAAAUCCAUCUUUUGUUUUUAUGAAAUGACUGAAUAUGUUGUCUUUUUUCUCUAGAUUCCCUUCUAUGAAUUUGAAGAACUGCGAAGCAAAUCCGACAUUGUGAACUAUCUUCAUCAGAAAAUCUUCCCUCAUACAUACAGACUAAGCUGGUGAAAAGGAUGCUGGGAAGCUGCUGUCUUUGCUUCUGUUACGCCUUUUUAUUUUUCAGAGAAAUCUGUAUUUAUUUUUCUAGCAACAGGAAUUACUAAAUGAAUGAAGUUAUUGAUUAAGCACUUUCACCUGUUAAACUUAACAAUAAACUUUUUUUUUUUACUUAAACCCACUCUGAUGAAAAUCAUGUUUUUCUUGUUUUUUUUAAAUGUUCACAUUGCAUUUUUUCUGAUGGUACAGGACGUAUCAUUAAAAAAAUAAGUGUGAAA